AUGGAGGCUACACAGAAUGUGACAGAAUUCAUCUUAUUGGGACUCUCACAGAAUCAGGUGUUAGAACGAUUCUUUUUUGUUCUGUUUUUACUUAUCUACAUUGUGAACAUACUCGGAAACUUUCUUAUCAUUGUCACUAUCAAAAACAGUGAAAGUCUGAAGUCCCCCAUGUAUUUCUUCCUGAGCUACCUGUCUUUUGUAGACAUGUGCCUUUCCUCCUCCACAGCCCCCAAACUGAUGGCAGACCUCCUGACAGAGAAGAAAACAAUCUCCUUCACUGGUUGCAUGGCACAGCUGUUCUUCUCCCAUUUCUUUGGUGGUACAGAGAUGUUCCUUCUCACAGUUAUGGCAUACGACCGUUACAUUGCUAUCUGCAAACCUCUCCAUUACACAACUAUCAUGACUAGACGUGUGUGUGGCUGGCUGGUUAUAGCUUCCUCAGUGGGAAGCUUUCUACAUUCCAUUGUACAGACUCUUCUGACAAGUCAGCUCUCCUUCUGUGGGCCCAAUGAGAUUGAUCACUUUGGCUGUGAUGUGUACCCUUUGAUGCAACUGGCAUGUAGUGACACAUAUAUUGUUAGCAUCAUGGUUAUUGCCAAUAGUGGGAUGAUGUCCCUGAUUUGUUUUGUUGUGCUAAUGGUAUCCUAUCUUGUCAUCUUAAUCUCUUUGAGAACUCAUUCUUCUGAAGGGCGUCGCAAAGCCCUUUCCACCUGUACUUCCCACAUCACUGUAGUGAUUAUAUAUUUUGGACCUUGCAUCUUCAUUUACCUACGCCCAUCUACCACUUACUCAGAGGAUAAGAUGGUCACUGUGUUCUACACCAUUAUCACUCCCAUACUGAAUCCAUUAAUCUACACCCUGAGAAACAAGGAGGUGAAAAAUGCUAUUAGAAAUUUAUGGAGCACAAGAGUAACUUCCAGAAGGAAAUGA